CACCAAGGAUGAGACGACUGGGUGAGGACGGACGGGAGUUUUGAGGGCAACGACCGAGGUUUUUUUUGCAUAAUUGCUGCCUCCGACGCUUUUUCCGGAUCGGAGGGAGUAGUAUUUAUUUUGCUAUUUGACGCGUUCGUCCAAAUUGUCCAUGUGGGCUUGUCGCUAGUGGGAUGCCGCAGGGGCAAAAGCGCGCAACCACUUCAGCGCGCCGAUCACGAACAGAAAAAAGAAUAUCCUAAAAAAAUCAAGACCCAAGUAUAUUUGUUGAAAAAGAAGCAUGUGCAGCACAGUGCUAAAAUUGUAGCUGCACAUGUCCACAUGAUGUUUGACUUCAGAUACAUGCUGUUUAAUAUGGUUGCGUUGCACGAGCUUGAGGCUGCUGUUGAGAUUAAUAUACCUGAUAAAAGUCUUCUCCGAAGCGCAGAGAAGCACCAGCAGAGAUGGGCGCUGCUGCCUUCUUCUGCCUCCUAAUCCCCCUCUGGGUUCAGGAUGCAACUGCGACUGAUCUUGGCUUCACAAGAAGUGAUUUCCCCCAUGACUUUGUCUUCGGAGCUGGAACCUCAGCAUAUCAAUAUGAGGGUGCUGUUGCUGAGGAUGGCAGGAGCCCAAGCUGCUGGGACAAUUUCACUCACGCAGGCAAAAUGGUAGACAAAAGCACAGGGGAUGUUGCGGCAGAUGGGUACCACAAAUACAUGGAGGAUGUUAAGCUCAUGUCUGAGACUGGCCUAGAGGCUUAUAGGUUCUCCAUCUCCUGGUCAAGGCUUAUUCCAAAUGGAAGCGGGGCUGUCAAUCCAAAAGGUCUGGAGUACUACAAUAACCUAAUUGAUGAGCUGGUAAAUCAUGGAAUACAAGUCCAUAUCACACUUCACCAUCUAGAUCUCCCUCAGAUUCUUGAAGACAAGUAUGGUGGAUGGUUAAGCCCCAGAAUUGUGGAAGAUUUCACAGCAUAUGCAGAUAUUUGCUUCAGGGAGUUUGGAGAUAGGGUUACAUCCUGGACGACUGUGAAUGAGCCAAACAUUGGUCUAAUGGCCUCUUAUGAUGUUGCUAUAUUCCCUCCUGCACGUUGUUCCGAUCCAUUUGGAGCAGCAAAGUGCACUCUCGGGGACUCUAGUACUGAACCUUACGUAGCAGCUCAUAAUACCCUUUUGGCGCAUGCAUCAGUUUUCAGUCUGUACAAAGAAAAGUAUCAACCCAUGCAAAAAGGAGUUGUUGGCAUAAGUUUCUACUCCUACUGGAGUUAUCCGUUGACAAAUUCCACUGCGGAUUUAGAAGCAGCUCAGAGAUGUAAAGAUUUCUUGUUUGGCUGGAUAUUAGAUCCAUUGGUGUUUGGGGACUACCCAGAAGUUAUGAAGAAGAAUGUUGGCUCUCGCCUUCCAUCCUUCACAAAAAAUCAGUCUGAACUCAUCAAGGGUUCUUUAGAUUUUAUAGGAAUAAAUCACUAUUAUUCUCUCUACGUGAAUGAUCGCCCUCUGGAAACAGGUGUUCGAGACUACAACACAGACAUGUCAAUUUAUAUCAGAGGUUCUAGGACUGACCCGCCAGCUGGUCAGGGUGCCCCUUCAAAUAUUCCAAGUGAUCCCAAAGGGUUGCAACUUGUACUGGAGUACCUGAAAGGAACCUAUGGGAACCUUCCCAUUUAUAUCCAAGAGAAUGGCAAGCACAAUUUCCCACCAGAAGCAAGUAUGUUUAAACGAAUAAAUUUGUUCAUUUUAUCAUGUGUCCUGUUUCACAUCUGGUCAGGUAUGGGAUCUGCCGACGGAAGUCUAGAUGACACUGACAGAAUUGCCUACUUGAGCAGCUACAUGGAAAACACACUACACGCACUGAGGAACGGAGUCAACGUGAGAGGCUACUUCGCCUGGGCGUUCAUGGACCUGUUCGAGCUCCUGUCAGGAUACCAGUCUAGGUACGGCCUGUACAGCGUCGAUUUCGCUGACGAGAGACGGCCACGGCGAGCCAGGCUCUCCGCUCGCUGGUACUCUGCCUUCCUGAAGGAGAAGGCCGGAACCUCUGCGCUUUUGUGGAAUGCCCAAUAAGGCGAUAACCAGUGCUGAACGCCAUGUCUUCACUACCGUCCUGGCUCCCGACUCCCGAGUAUGGUGCGUGCGUUCCCGGUGGCUGGGUCGUGGGGGCCUACGGAUAAAGUAAAAUGAAAUCCACUUGGAACUUGUAUAGCCACCCCGUAUAUAUACAAAUCUCAGAUGUUGAUAUUAGAUAUGUACACCGAAGAUGAAUAACUCA